AUGAUUGGUCCUACUUGGAAAGAUGAAGUGUUGAAGGUGCAGCAGGACAGUAGCUUGCCCAUCACCAGCAGAUGCAAUAAGAUUUUGGAUGUCUUGAAGCAGAACGGACUUUGCUACAAGCAAAGCAUUGAGCCCAAGAUGAUUCUGGUUCAUGUCAAGAACAGGGGAGGGCAGCUGGUUUCAGUGGGUGAUGUUCAUUCCAAAGGAGCUGCAAUGGCACAGAUUGGCUUCUCAAUGGCCAAGAUUGGUGAGUCUGUAUGCUUUGAGUUGCCAACUUCUGUGCCAGAAAAGGAAAAAGUUCUGCAGGCAAACAAAUCUUUGGCUGAGCUCUCCAACCAGCAGCUGUGUGGGCCAUUGGGUUGUGAGAGGUUUGCUUCAGUUUCCAGCAGCCAUUUGGUUACUUUCCUCAGAGCAGUACUGGCUUCCUGCAAAACUUCAGAAGCUGAGCUAAGCACCAAUGGCUUUUUGAGCUUGGAUAGUAUGAUGCAGAAGAAAGAUGAUUUGAAGCAAAUGUGCAUGGAUGGCUGGGACUGGCUGGUCAUAUCAUCAGAGGUGGAAACCCACAUCCCAGAGUUGGCACAGUUCCUGGCCCAAGCUCUGAAUUCUGACCAUGGUGUCAAAACAGCAUCCAAUGAGUUGGAAACUGCUUGCACCAUUGCUAGCAUCUAUGAGUUGCAGGCUGCUGAUGCCAAGGAUUUGAAGAAGGCAGAGCAAGCAGCUAUGGCUUCUAGACCAGCAUGUGGCAACUACAUUGGUGCCAUUACUGCCUUUGUGAAGCAGUACACUGGAGGAGAAGCAUUCCCUCUUCUGAAGUUGCUUCAAUCCAUCGGCAAGCAGUAUGGUGGUUCAACAGUUUGGGGCCAGGAGUUCACUGAAUUACUUGCUUUCACUGAUUUCAAAUCCAAAGAGACCACCUAUCCUUGGAUCCGCUUGGCGCUGGCUACAUGUCAGAUGUGUGCCUCCAAGCAAUACAUCAGAGAUGGCAUUUCCAAGCUGGUGAACCCCAGUGAUUUUUCAAAAUUGAAGCAGAAAGGAAUGGCUGUGCAAGUGGCAGCUGCUGAAAAGCUAUUGAUGGAAGCUUGGCAAUUGUGUCAAGGCAGCCCUUUGACCUUGGACCAAAAGGCCCAGCCUAUGGGUCGAUACUUGACCAGGGUUGCUUUGUUUCUGCUUGGAAAGGGCGCCAAAGGCCCUGAGGCAAAGGUCUACAAACAGCUGGAAGAAAUCACAGACAUUUUCACUGCAGAAAUGAUGAGCAUGGGGAAAUAUGGUAAGAUGGAUGUGACAGAGCCAGCAGCACCCAGCAGUGCCUCUGCACAGCAAGCAUCAGUGCCAUGUGGGUUGGAGGCUACUGCAGACCCAGCCAAAAUUGCACUGGCCAGCUUGAAGAACCUUGAGGUUGGCAAAUACUAUUUCUUUGCCACAGAACCUUUGAAGGUUUACAAGUUUGAAAGCAUUGAUGCCACUAAAGCUGUGCUCCUUCACAAGCCAUUCUUUGGAGCCCCUGACAAAAAAGAGAUACAACACAAGGACCUCAAGGGGUUGAAGUUGUGGGCCAAGCCAAUGCCUACUUUGCAGCCAGCUGAAGCUUUGAAUGCUUUACAGCCCAGUGUUUGCAUGAUGGCUGAAUUUGGUAGGGCCAAGGCCCAGCAUCUCCUGUACCAGAAAUACCAAGAGCUCUUUGGCUUCAAAAUUGAAAGUUGCCCUAUGGGCACACAGGUUUGCUGUGUUUCCUGCACACCCAGGCUGGGUGACUUUGAUCUGGUGGUUUCAAACACCAACCAGCUCUUUGCCAAUAACAAGUUCUCCAAGAAUGAUUUGGUGCUGAUUCCACUUGGCCAUGUAGUUUUGCAGCCCAAAGAAAAAGUCACCAAAAGCUCUGUGGUGCUCCAGCUAGCUGGUUGGAAAUUUGAUGAUGCCUUGGUGGUGUCACACUCCAAGUGCAAUUUUGAAAAGCAAAGUGGCCAUUGGUGCCCUUUCUUCUGGUGCAAAGAAAUGAAAGAGGAGAAGGACAAGGAUGAUGCUGCCCAGCCAACUGAGAAGGCCACCCUGGUCAGGGCUACUGUCAAAAACCUUGACCUGACCAUCCCCUGCUUGAAGAACAAGGUGGCUUUGCAGAUUGGGACCCCUUUGUGGGUAGAGCUUCAAGAGGAAGCCAAGAAGAGGAAGAAACCAUGA